AUGCAAACACUGACGGAGCGCAUAGACCACCUGAAACAGAGAAUCGCUGCUUGGGGAAAGCGGAUUCGGCGAUAUACCGAGAGGUCGACACGGUUCAACCAGAAUCGUCUCUUCCAGAGUGAUCAGAAGAGGCUCUACAAAUCAUUGGAGCGACCAAUGGUAAGUGGAACGGGCCCAGCACCAAAUCAGGCCGACACGGUCGCAUUCUGGCGCAGCCUGUGGUCAGAGCCCGUAAACCACAACGAGGGCCCUUGGACGAAAGUUGUGGCGAGUCAGUGUGCGGGUAUUACGCCCAUGGACCCCGUCAUCAUAACGCCGGAUGACGUAGCUGAGGCGGUCCGUAGAGCCCCGAACUGGAAAAGUCCGGGGCUCGACGGGCUGCAUCACUACUGGCUGAAGGGGUUCAUGGUGUGUAACGCUGUGCUCGCCCGACAGUUUCAAGAGGCUCUCAACCAGAAGUUGCUCCCAAGCCUCUUCACUACUGGGAUCACUCAUUUGGUCCCUAAAGACCAGGAAUACUGGGAAAAAGAUGGCCUGGUUGACGACGUACUGCAGCAACUUGUAAUCGAUCUUGGAGGAGAGGAGUCAUCCGACAGCGAGAUCGAAAGUGAAGAAGAAGACAGUUUAGACCAUGAUAUUGUACCAAUUAUUUAUAGUGAAGAUGAAUUUUGA